GGUUUAUCAAUUUCUAUUCCUACCAGUGGAGGUUGUUUCUGUGGCUCCACAUCCUCACCAACACUUGGAACUCUCAGACUUGAAAGUUUUUACCAACCUGAGAGCUUUAACCACUAGAAGUUCAUGAACAAUGAAUUCACUGUCCUCAUCCUGUUGGAACACCUCUGCUGAACUUUUGAACAAAUCCUGCAAUAAAGAGUUUGCUGAUCAAACCCUCAGCAUUGUAGAUACAAUCAUCCUCCCUUCUAUGAUUGGGAUUAUCUGUUCAAUGGGGCUGGUUGGCAACAUCCUCAUCGUAUUCACUAUAAUAAGGUCCAGGAAAAAAACUGUUCCUGACAUUUAUAUCUGCAACCUGGCUGUGGCUGAUCUGGUUCACAUCAUUGGAAUGCCUUUUCUUAUUCAUCAGUGGGCCCGGGGAGGAGAAUGGGUGUUUGGGGGGCCCCUCUGCACCGUUAUCACAUCCCUGGAUACCUGUAACCAGUUUGCUUGUAGUGCUAUCAUGACUGUGAUGAGUGUGGACAGGUACUUGGCUCUCGUCCAGCCAUUUCGACUUACAAGCUGGAGAACGAGGUACAAGACCAUCCGCAUCAAUUUGGGCCUUUGGGCAGCUUCCUUCAUUCUGGCUUUGCCUGUCUGGGUCUACUCGAAGGUCAUCAAAUUUAAAGACGGCGUGGAGAGUUGUGCUUUUGAUUUAACAUCCCCUGACGAUGUACUCCGGUAUACACUUUAUUUGACGAUAACAACUUUUUUUUUCCCUUUGCCUUUGAUUUUGGUGUGCUAUAUUUUAAUUUUAUGCUAUACUUGGGAGAUGUAUCAACAGAAUAAGGAUGCCAGAUGUUACAACACCAGUGUUCCAAAGGAGAGAGUGAUGAAGCUGACGAAGAUGGUGCUUAUACUGGUGGCGGUCUUUAUCCUAAGCGCUGCCCCCUAUCACGUGAUACAGCUGGUGAACUUACAGAUGGAGCAGCCCACGCUGGCCUUCCACGUAGGCUAUUAUCUCUCCAUCUGUUUCAGCUAUGCCAGCAGCAGCAUUAACCCUUUUCUCUACAUCGUGCUGAGUGGGAAUUUCCGGAAACGCUUGCUUCAAGUGCAAAGGAGAGUGACUGACAGGGAAAUCAACAAUAUAGAAAAUAUCUUGAAAUCAAGCUUUUAGGAGAGUACAUGAAUCACCAAAAGUCUAGAUAGACUUGUCUAUGUUAUUGGUAUUAUUAGAAAGCGCAGGUUAAACAGUAUGCUUGUGUCCAUCCUUCUGUGUCCUUGUGACGCUUCGUAGCAUGGAACGGAAGUGUAACCAUUCAAAUGCAAUGAGUUUAAUAUGCUAACUUUAGUAAGAUGUAAAAUAUUUGUCUGCAUUGGGAGUAAGGAAUGGAAUAGUCUAAGAUACCUGAGCUCCAUGGUUGUGGAUGUUAUUUCAGCAUAUUAGAAACUAGUCACUGAUAAAAAGGCCAUCCAUGACUAUUAACUGAAAACUCACCAAGGAAUCUGGCCUUGCCGGCCACACUGUGCUCACUGCAACAGUGCUCUUAAGGUUCCUAGGAGGGGAACACCUUACAAUGAGGUCUGAAAUUUGUCCAUUUUUUAUCUAUAAAAUUUCAUAUGGUCCAAUCGAAUGCCUUCGGUAAUCAGCUCCACCUGUUAGCAUAACAGUUACCAUGUACUGAACAUAUGCAAUAUGUAAGAUCAUAUGUAACAAACCUAUGAGGUACAUAUUACCUCAAUUUACUUAGCCUCAGAAAGGUUAAGUGAUAGCUUGAUGCUGCACAGCUACAUAAGAGCUGGGCUAAAAUCCAGGUCUGCCCGUUUCUGUCCUUUGAAAGCACCACUUUGGCAAACUGUAACUAUCAUUCUGGAGACAGUCAACAAUGUGGAGGGCUUUGCUUUCUUCGACAGCCCCAUAAGGAAAUAAUUAUUAUCUGUAAGAAAUUAGUUGAUGGUUUAAGUAUAUUUUGCAUUAGCUUUGUUCUCAUGCUUAUGAAUUGUAGAAACCAGCAUCUGCAUUUUAAUAAUAGCAUUCUUCAGGAUGUUAAGCAUACACUCAAGAUACACUCUCUUUAGGUACAGUAUGUGUUUGUUCAAGGGUACAAAAGUAAUACCCCUUAAAUUUGUAGAUGUUCAUUAUAUCUAUCUCUUCCUCUUUGGGCUUAUAUAAAACAUGCACUUCGUAUAGAAAGAAAAGAAAGAAAUGCUUCUAAAGCCUGUAUUUUCAACAAAGGUAAACACUGUUAUUUUGUUUGUGGAUGAAAUCUAUAAACCCACUUCCUUCAUGUGAAUCAUAAAAUCACUUGCUCCAUGGAUGUCUUAAACUGAUUUUUAAUCUACCCUUUACAGAAAAGAGUCACAGAGACCAGCUUUUUUAACAACCUAAUGGCCAUUUUUUUAUAUCUCAAUUGUCAAGACACAUGACUUUUAACCCAAUGCAUUUGGUUCUAGAUCUUCUAAAGACCAUUUUGAAACAAGGUAAUAUAUAAACACAUAUCUGGGUUAAAGGUCAUAUAAACAACAUGAGACUGAUGUAGGUCACAUCUGAGAUAUUUUAGUUCUGUAACUGAGCUCUACAGAGCUACACCCAGAGCCUAGGUGCUCCUUUACAAUGUCAGAAGAAGCUGGGUCAUGGCUACAGUCCAGCGACCUUCCUUCUCACUUCCCUAAGGUGCAAUAGUCAGGGUUCAGUGAGUAACCCUGACAUCUGAAGACCCAACACCAUGGGUCAUACACAGAUGUUGUCACUUGGUAAUUGAAAAACAGUUGAAGAGUUUACCUCCAUUGUCUUUUUUAAUACAGAAAAUAUUAUGAAUUUAAAGAUAUAAAUGAUUUUAAACCAAAAGACAUUUUUCUAAUAGCAUUUCCAAUAGGCCUCAAAUAAUUCCAAUAUGUAAAUUGGUCAGUGAUUUGUUUUAAUUUAUAUGUAUUAAGGGUUGUAAAGAAUGUUAGCAUUUAAUCGAAGUACAAAAUAAAAA